UUGGGAGAUUGGCCGUGUUGCCUCUUAGGAUUUGUAGUUCCCAGGCUGAUAGACAACGAGUGACAAAACUCUAAUUAGUCUUUAGGGGAGAAGGGAGGAGCAUAAUCCUCAGUGCGACGCCGGUUCAAAUUCCUCGGAUCCACCUCUCACUCGGAAAGAGAAGGGGUUAGAAGGCAGGCCCGAACUGGGCAGCACGACGUCACGCUGACGCAGGCGUGGCCCUGCCCGACACGAUUUGGCGGGAUUUCCGAAAGUCGCCGUUCGCCGCGCGCUAGUGUUGGAGCCGAGACUUUUCUUGGUGGAGAGCAGAAAACUGAGCAAAGGAGUUGUAAAGCCGCCAGUGUUGGGCGCGUAGCCAGCGGGCCAAGGCAGAGUAGCGCGGUGAUCCAGAACCAGUAGAUAAGGAGGUCUUUCUGGCCCCUACAGUAUUUCCCUAGUGUUUAUGGCCAUCUGUGUUUUUUAGUAAUGGCCAUGCAGAUGCAGCUGGAAGCAAGUGCAGACACUUCAGUGGAUGAAGAAAGCUUUGGCCCACAGCCUAUUUCACGUUUGGAGCAAUGUGGCAUAAAUGCCAAUGAUGUGAAGAAAUUAGAAGAAGCUGGAUUCCAUACUGUGGAAGCUGUUGCCUAUGCACCAAAGAAGGAGUUAAUAAAUAUAAAGGGAAUUAGUGAAGCCAAAGCUGAUAAAAUUCUGGCUGAGGCAGCUAAAUUAGUUCCAAUGGGUUUUACCACUGCAACUGAAUUCCACCAAAGGCGAUCAGAGAUCAUACAGAUUACUACUGGGUCCAAAGAGCUAGACAAACUACUUCAAGGUGGAAUUGAGACUGGAUCUAUCACAGAAAUGUUUGGAGAAUUUCGAACUGGGAAGACUCAAAUCUGUCACACACUGGCUGUUACAUGCCAGCUUCCCAUUGACCGAGGUGGAGGUGAAGGAAAGGCCAUGUACAUCGAUACCGAGGGUACCUUUAGGCCAGAACGACUCCUAGCAGUGGCUGAGAGAUAUGGUCUCUCUGGCAGUGAUGUCUUGGAUAAUGUUGCGUAUGCUCGUGGGUUCAACACAGACCACCAGACCCAGCUCCUUUAUCAAGCAUCAGCAAUGAUGGUCGAGUCCAGGUAUGCACUGCUUAUUGUAGACAGUGCCACCGCUCUGUACAGAACAGACUACUCAGGUCGAGGAGAGCUCUCAGCCAGGCAGAUGCACUUGGCCAGGUUUCUUCGGAUGCUUUUGCGACUUGCUGAUGAGUUUGGAGUAGCUGUGGUAAUCACUAACCAGGUGGUAGCCCAAGUGGAUGGAGCAGCCAUGUUUGCUGCAGACCCUAAAAAACCUAUUGGAGGAAACAUCAUUGCUCAUGCAUCAACAACCAGGCUGUACCUGAGGAAAGGAAGAGGGGAAACCAGAAUCUGCAAGAUCUACGACUCUCCCUGUCUUCCUGAAGCUGAAGCCAUGUUUGCCAUCAAUGCAGAUGGAGUGGGAGAUGCCAAAGACUGAAUCAUUGUUUUUCAUUUUUCCUGUGAUAAAAAUUAAGUGCUGUAGCCUGAUGCAAAGGACUGCUCCCUGGAGUUCUUCAGGCCUCUUCCUGUUAGGACUGCAGUACCGGGCUUCUGGAACAACAGCUAUUGUGUCAGCUUUUCUGAUGCUGUAAACAGGAGACAGGUCAGUACUCACAGACUGAUCUGUUUAUUCCUCCCGGUGUUCAUCUCUGGGAUUUCUUUGAUGUUUGGAGAAGUAUGAAUGCCUUUGACACAGUGCCUUGGGACUGACUCAGGUCUGACAGCUUUCUACUGGACAGCCUUAGGUCUCCAGAACUACCACUGGGGAGAUCUGACUUCACUUCUGAAUAACCAUAAAGUUUAUGCCUGAGAUCUAUGGCUAAGGGAAUAGGAAAUGGCUUUCUUCACAGAUUCUUUUUCUCUAUCAGUGAAACUCCCAGCAAUCAGAAGCAAGUUUUAAAGUUGUAUAGCUGAACUCCCAGGUGAAAACUUGUUUUUUGGUUAUGGAGUCUUACACAAGGUCUACUGGGCCAUCAUCCCUUCAUCAGCUUUCUUGAUUUUUUUUUUUUUUUUUUUUUUGUGCUAAAACUAACUGUAAUCCUGGAAUCUGAAGCAUUCAGAGGUUAAGGAGAUUUGGGGUGAGGCUGCUAAUAUAGUUACUUAGAGCCAAUAUACACUUUGUAGCAGUUAUUUUAGUACAAAAUGAAUACGUCAAGAUAGGGUUACUAUAAUAUCUUUAUCACGGAGUACCGAUCAGUUUUCUGUUGCUUUAAGAUUUAAAAACUGGUCAGACGUUCCUGUAAUUCCAGGCUGAAGCAGGAGGAUUGCUGUAAGUUGAGGCCAGUAUGGGAUACACAGUGAGUUCAAGGCCAGCCUGAACUACAUAGCAGUACCCUGUCUUCCCUCCACCCCUCUCAAAAACAAGGUUUGAAAAUUGAAAAGGAAGACCUGCCUUCACAUGAUUGAGCAUGUAUUCUUUUUUGCAAUGGAAAGUGUUACCUAACUGAUCUAUCAUAGAUUCCCUGUGGCCUUUGAUUUUUUUUGUUUAACAAGGGAUCUCUGUGUUGCUUAGGUUGGUCUUAAAGUCCUAAAUUCCAGGUAUCCUGCCUUAGCCUUCAGAAUGUUGGAAUUAUAGGCAUAUGCCACUGCCCCCAUCUAUGGCCUCUGUAAGUCUUAUGUUGAAGUGUGGCACUUUUCCGUAUCAUCCUACUUUGGAAGUUUGAAAUACUUUUCUUCUUCCCCUUCAUACUUCUACUUAUUUACUUCCCCUUCUAUCGAUUUUAACCAGCUCUUUCAGUUUCAAAGGCCCUCUUAGCUAGUAUCGGGAAGAGGGGCACUGAAGGUUUGCUGCUGCUGCAGAUGUUGAUCCCCCCUAUAUGUGGGGAGACAAGAAAGACACAAAGUUAACUUAAUGCAGCUUUGUUUUAAAAGCAGCUCUGUUCUCUGGCUAGGUCAUGGUGGUUACACAUUUUAAUCCCAGACACUCACAGAGGCUGAGCCAUCUUCACAUCCAACCAUCUAGAAAAUUUACCUAGCUUUGGGCAACAAAAAUGAUUUUACUCAAGGUCUCUUUGUUUGCAUAAACUUCGGUUGCUAUAAUAAAGGCACAUGACAGAUUCUAGAGUAAAAGAUUGGUUCUUAUGUAAGAGUAUCUCAAGAUAGUUAAGUGACUUAGUCCUAGAUGCUUGCCUUAAUCUUCCUUGUUAGGCCUCAUGUUAUUGGUGCUAAAAAUGAGCUAGGAGGGACAGGGGCGCUUGUUACAACAGGCCUUAUUUAGGGUAAAAUCAACCUAUGUAAACUUCACACACAACUGAAUUUUUCACUGAUCAGAGUUUUAACCAAAGAGCUUUUUUUAGUCUAACAAAGUAUUUGGAACAUCUUUUUCUACUAUCUUCAGUUGCCUCUAUAGGAUGAAACAAUCAGAACUGCAAAUAAGAGUUGAUAACUAAAACAGAAAGGAUAACAUUGUUUCUAAUUAAAUCCAUUUUAUUUCAGUCAUGUACCAAAAUAUAUUCCAGGCAACUCUUCAGACCACUGUUUCACAGUAUCAUAAACUGUGCCACUGCUGUCAUUCCAAAAACUGCCAGAAUACUGGAGUCAAGUGGUCCAGCCCCUUGCUUACCCCAGGCGUACAGGUAGAAUCCAAACAGGUAAUAAAUGGGCUCCUCUGACCUCUCUGUGUCCUACUAGGCAGGGUGUGAUCUUAGGGCUAGAUGUAUGUCAAAUAUUAAUGAGUGAAAAACAUUAGAAUGACAGGUUCUGUGCCUUGUUUCUGUGGCUCUUUGGAUUUCAGUCCACCUCAUCAGCAGCUGGAGGGCAGUACCAUGGCCUUGUCCUCUCAGCAGCCUUCAAGGCUACAUGUACAUAACCCUAAAGCAAACCCUAAAGUGCCCGACUAAGUCUUGGUUUUCCAGUAAUCUCCUUAAGGGGAAGAACAGUGGAAACCCCAGCUACAAGUACUUCCCAAAUUUAGAUUAGGUGACAGAUGAGAAUAAAUUAAGGAUAAUACAUAAGAUGUUGAGGAAUGGUAGUGGGUAGUCAGGGCAACUCUUGUUUCCUAAUCAAAGCAGGGUCUAAGUGGUAUCCCUCAAGUCUUGAAGGCCAUUGAAAUGUCAUUAUUCCCCUAAAACUACUUUCAAUUCUUCCAACUCCUUCUGGAAAGCUGAAUCCUAGGAAGAAAAAGAAAAAUCUAGUACUCAAAACCUGAGCUAAACUUUUUCCAAACCACUGAUCCCCCUUUGCGUCCCUCUUUGAGGUCUGCUAUCUGUAGUUCUUUACUGUCCCAGAUAGCCUGGGGCUUAUGAACUCUGUCUUCUCCCCUGGUGAAAGGUAUAUGAAGGGGGAUCCAGGGGAAUAAGACCUCAGAGGAAAAUAAGCUUUGUUGAAAAUGUCACAUGACGACUCAAUGGUACAGCCCAGUACUUCAAAAGCUCUUUAACAGAAUUACCUCAUUAGUGACAUCUGGCAGCUCCAGGGCCAAUUUCAUCCACCUUCUAGCUUCAGAGUUUUUUCCUAAUUCUCUAUAGCACUAACAAGAAAUAGCAAUGAAACCUGGGAGAAAUAACACCAGGGCACUAGAAGGGCAUGAGUAUAUGUGCUUUUGAGAGUUCUGAGGGAGUGGGAUGGAUGCAGCAGUGGUGCAGCCCUUGCCUAACCGCACACAGUGCUAGAUUUGUUCCCCACCAUCAAGAACAAAAAGAAUAGUUUCCAGAAAUAGGGGAUGUCCAUCAGUGCUGGGCUGACUACCCAGCAUGCACAACGCAUUGGGUUCAAUUCCCAGUAUGCAUGCACCCACUCCAAAAUUCCCAUAAAUACUGUUGGGAUCUCUGUUGAAAUUGGUGCGUUUACCUUGGAAAUGUACACCCUUCCUGCUUUGGAAAAUCCUGGCUGUAAUUCUUCAGCCUGGAAAAGGGAGAAAAGCAUUUAACUAAGAGGCUCCCAAAUUCAGGUCAUACAUUCUCCCAGUGGCUGAUUUUCCUCACAGAACAAACAAAAUUGCCCCAUUUCACAAUCCCCUCCCAUUAGGGGUUAAUAAUAAACAAGGUUACCUCAGCAUUUCUGCACUUCCCUUCCCUUUCCUGAUACCUUUAGGAAGCUUUGGAGAGCAUCCUGCACAGUAGCACUGGGAAUGCUUUUGAACAAAGCUGUAGCUGUUUUUCCUUCUAGCCAGCCCAGGUGAGAGACCUGCCACCAAAAGAUCAGGAUAGAAAAAGGUUUUAAGAAAUAUCUUGCAGAAUACUGAAUAUUCUAUAGUGCAGACAGGGCCAGCCACUAAUGAGACAGACAUUCAGAGGAAAUAGGACCUGCACCAGAGCAGGCUAAGGAAGCUGAGGAUCUUGGUCAAUGUUACAGGACACUUAGGACCCUUUUUGUCAGGCCUUGGAACACCUCACCUGGUAGCACCACCUGCCAAGAAGAAAGUGAGCCUUAGGGUUUUCUGGCUGAAGAGCAAUGGCUUUGUCCACAUGUUCCUAAGGGGAAAAUAUAAACCAAAUCAGACCACAGUUGCUCAGGGAAAAGCAGCAGUAAGGCAUGGAGGCUGUGGGAAUGCCCUUCUAAGGGAGCUGGUGCAUGCCUGUAUUCCCAGCAAUUGAGAGGCUGAGGCAGGAGGAUAUGUGAGUUUGAGGCCAGCCUAAACUACAUAGCAAGACCCUAUCUCAAACAAAACAAAAAAAACUGAGCUAAGGGACCAGGCAAAGCAGGAGCUCUGGACUAACCUAGAGCAAGGAAAGGAGAAAAAGCUGAUUCUCACCUUGAAGCUAAAGCCAAUCUGGAUGCGCUUCUGGAUGCCCUCAUUCUCAGCCACUUGACCACAAAGCACUGCAUACCUAAAGGGGAAGCAGCAGCAAGCUCAGGGACAGGGCUGGGUACUGUGGCUGAGAACAGGUCCCUACCCACAACCCAGCUGCAGUGUCCACUUCUACCUUUAACCAUUGCUGAAAAUACAUUUUCACCUGUAUAUAAUUGCUCACAGAUCUGCAAACAAUAUAGGCGUCAAAUUCUCCAAAGUAUUCUGUGGAUAAAAAAUGAGCUCCCCCCAUAUACAGUAAAACUCGCAGAUACAUUUAAAAAUACUUAGUUAAGAUUUCAGUCAACCUCCAAGUUUCCUUUUCUGGGUUAGAGUGCAGCCACAUGUACCAUAAGAACUUGGAAAACUGGGCUGAUGGGAAGCUCAGUGAUGGAGUGCCUACCUGGCAUGAGCGAAGCCUUGAGUUCAACAUCCAGUUUGGGGGGGGGGGGUAAAAAGUGAGUGUUCUGAUAAUUAGCAUCAAGCUGAAAGUGGCCUGAGCACACGGACGUCUUAAGAACAGACAUUAAAAGGGUCUUCUUCACCUUUAAAGUACACAGGUAUAUCACUGGGACUUGGGAACUAAUCGAAGAGGAGGAAGGAACUAUUUUAGUCCUCUCCUCCACAUCCUUUCUUCCAGGGGAACCAGUGAGCUAGCUUUCUAUAUUUUUAUCUUUCAUAAAGUCUUAUGGGGGCUGAGAAUGUAGCGCAGUGGUAGAGCACUGCCUGUCAUGUUCAAGUUUGAGACCUUGGGUUAAAACACCAGCAACUACCAAAAAGGGGAAAAAAAAAAAAAAAAAAAAAAAAACCACCAGUAAAAGUCUUCCUGCCUCAGUGUCAUUCCUAGAAAAAGCUGACAAUAAGCACCUAGGGGCUGGGGAUUUGGCUCAGUGGCAUAAGUGCCUGCCUGGCAAACGUGAGGUUGUGAGUUCAAUCCCCAGUACAAAAAAAAAAGCAUCUAGCCAGGCAAACCUAUGUUCAUUUUUCGUGUAUUUGUUUAGUAUUUGAGGGUAGUCCUAUCAGGCACUUUAAGAGGCUGACUUCCAUGUUUAAUCCAGACAGGUACUCCUCAGGGAGACCUAAGAAAGUAUGGACCACAUUUCAUUGUUGGUAUCCCAGGGAAGUGGUGACACCUGAGAAACAGUUACCUGGCCUCUGAGAAGAUACCUUACAGCGACAGAUGGAGAAACACAGCCUCUCACUUAGCUCAGUCUGAGGGCAGAACAAGAGGAAAAGAACAUUUUCACUAAAGCUGAUGUUGGAAUUAGGCCUAGGACAUGAAUUGAUCCUGGCCCAUCUCAUGCAACUUGGCAGAACUCUAGACAUCAGAGUUAUGGUUCUGAUUAUUUUGUAGUGCUGGGGGUGGAAACCAGGACCUCAGGUGGCAAGAGCUCUACCAUUGAGCUACUUCUCCAGCCCAGUAAGCUAGUAAAUUAACCACUGAACUUGCUAGUAAUGAGUGCACAUCUGUUUUUUCAUGCAAACCAAGCAAAGAAGCCAAAGUUGACCACCAGCCAGGGAUAGCAGCUGAAGGAAAGAAAAGCUUGUGCAGGACAGGGGAGCUGUGAGUUGUCCCAGCACCACAGAGUCAAGAACCCGCAAGUCUUAUGGUUAGAAUGACUGGCAGCAGGGCGGACAACAGGGUUUCACUGUAUAGUGCAGGCUGGCCUCAAACUCCCAAGUGCUGGGGUUAUAGGCACGCACUACCACGCCCAAUAAGUUAGGAUGAUUCUGACAAAGAUACUCAUUUCUCCCAGCAGAAAAAGCAAGCUUGUACUCAAUCCCUGUCUCACCCUGCAUCUCCAUCAAAAUCUUAUGUUGACAAGGGAAGGGUAAGGCAUACAAAUAAGAGCUCCCUCUCCUGGUUCCUCUGGCAAAUGCCUCUGACCAAGGCAGAGAGAAGAAAGGCCUCAGCUUCUGCUCUUACUGGCCCCUCCAAUAGCCCUGCAAGGUGUCAUUACCACUGGUGAGAUUCGGCACUCUCAUCCCCCUUCUCCAGAGCAGCCUCUGCUUCUUCUUUUCCUGAAAGACAAAGGCAAAUGUAGAAUUAACAUGCAUUUCUGUGCACACUUCCACAGAAAGGGCCCUGGAAAAUGGUCUUUUGGGCUCAGUAUUCCCUACCUAGCUUGAACUACUUGAGAAGUAGUUUGUGAAUUUGCACAGAAUGAAAAGCAGCAUACAACUUCUCAGAGAUUAUUCCUGCCUCACUUAGGCCACCUGUCUUUCUUGACUCCAGUCUAAAUGACCUUAACUAUGCCACCCUCAGAAGGGACUGAACUGUGAACUAACAUUACAAAUGUUAGAGGUACCCAACAGUAACCAAAUGCUAGGAAUCAUUCCAGUGUUGUAUAAAACUUCAACUAAAUGUAGCUGCAUGUGGGUUUUAUUGGAGAGAAGAGCUCAAGCUUUGGUAUAAAUCUUUUUGGUGGUUUGUUAUUUUUCUUUUUUUGUCUUUUUGAGACAGGGUCUCGCUGUGCAGUUCAGGCUGAUCUCAAACUUGCAAUGAUCCUCCUGCCUCAGCCUCCCAACUGCUGGGAUUAUAGGCAUGAGCCACCACACCCGGCAAAUCUUUUUGUUUUAAAGAAUAAAGUUAAACAGAACAAAACAAAAUCAUAAGAAAAAAAAUUUUUUUAAGGAAACAAUUUUAAGAAACACUGAUUUCAAAGCAAGACCACUGGAGAUCUUCACUAUCAUAUAGUCUUUUGUUUUCUUCCAAAUAGUUGUCCCCAUCUUCACACAGAGUGAAUACAUACUGAACAUUAUAGUACUAAACUAAUCAGAACAGGAUGAUGAAGGCUUUUUUGGCCUUCAAGACCAGACAUUAGGGAAGUCAACAAUGGCUGCCAUAACGUCUCUCGUUCUCUUUGAAGUAGCUGUCCAUAUCUUUACGUAUGCUGAAAUUAAAUGUAAGAGACUAGACUAAUAUCACUCUGAACAGUGAAUAAUAGUAUUGCUAGACUUUAUAUCAUAAUCCUACCUAAUUAGCACUGGGUAUCUUAGUGUCUCUUCUUCAAGGUAUCUGUUCAUUACAUCGUGCAUUAUAUAAUCUGUUCCCAUAAACUGUUUAGAAAUUCUCCACAGGUGUGAAUCUCUACAUGUAUGCCUAUCCUUUCUGUAUUAUAGGGAAAAAGAGGUCAAAACAAGACAACAAAACAAACUCCUAGAAAAACAUGAAAUGAAAAAGACAUAUGAAACCACAAUAUUAGAUGAUCUCCAGUAGUUACUAUGCUGUCUCUUGUUAUUUUCAAUAGAAUUGUCUACAUCAUCAGACAUAAUAUAAUUGAACAUAGCAUUACAUAGCAAUUUUAAUGAAAACAUAACAUUGAAAACAUUGUAGGACUUCAAAAGCAGUUAAUCAAACUGGAAUGGGUAUCUUAAGUUGUCUUCAGAGUAGUUGCCUCUACUCUUAGACUUGAUACUAUCAAGCAUACCAAAUUCAAAUAAGAUCAGUCAUAGUAAGACAAUGUAAGUAAUACAGGGCUUCAGUUUAAGUUAAUUGGGAAUUAAGGAUAGUUACCAUAGUAUAUCCUGCUGUUUUUGGGAUAGCUGUCUGUGUCCUCAAAUCUAAUAUGAGUAGACAGACUGGAACAAAAUAAAAUCAAACUAAACAAAGCGAAAAGACUAAUGGGGCUUUUAAAUCCUGAUACACUAUUAACAAUACCCUCUGCCUUCCUUUUUUAGACCAAGGAGGUCUAAAAAAUUCCUAAAUUCCUCUGCUCUGUUUAAUUCCUAAAUUAAGUUAUAGAUCCUCUUGUUGUCUUCUAGUCCUUGUAUUGUUACUUCCUGAUUCCUUGUUAUUUUUAAGAGGUCUUUUCUUUCCUAAAUUCCUCCCCUUUCCUUUUCUGAGUGCUUCGUAUAUUUUGGGUCCCACUAGCUCCUUUAGUUUUUAGAUUGGGGGGGAGGGGGCAACUAAGUGGUGUUGAACCUUUUUACCUCUAAGCUUGAUCUUGAGCUGUUCCUUUACUUACUAAAGCCUCAAGGUUUUCCUUCCUUAUACCUGAGUAGUUCUCCACUGCACAAAAGUGUCAUGACUUUCCAAACUAUCUGCAGCUACUGGACGAGUUGUCCCUAUUUUUCUCUGGUUCCCUGUCACAUAGAGCAUCAUUUUCUCAUCUUUGACUUUCAGUUUAUUAACCCUCUUUCAGGUUGAGUGUAUUUCCUAUUCAGAGCAUCUCCAUGGAUCCUAUCUCCUGAUUACUCUGCCUGUGUUUCUUUUUGUUAGUAUAUCAAGGCUAUCUAUAUUAGAGAUUAUAGCCUACCUUCUCUGCCUGUCUCUGCUAUUCUAUUUUUCUGCUAUUAUUUGUCCACUUUUCUCCUUCAUUCCACUGUCUGCCCCGUUCAUUGAGGCCUCUCUGCCACUGUUACUGGAAUCCUGGUAUUUUUUAAUCUCUCUGUAGAAUGUCCUUCAGUAUUUUUUGUAGGGUUGGAUUGGUGGCCAUGAACUCCCACAAUUCCUCCUUGUCUUGAAAACAUCUUGUUUCUCCAUUAAUUUUGAGUUUUUCAGAGUACAUCAAUCUGGGUUGGGGGUUAUUUUCUUUCAGGGCUUAGAAUACUUCACUCCAGACUCUUCUUGAUUAGAUAGUGUUAAGAAAUCUGUCGUUUUUUUUGAUGGAUUUUCCUUUAUAGGUAAUCUACUUCUUUUGUCUGACUGCUUUUAAUAUUCUGUUCUUAUGAAUUUCUGGGCUAUUAUAUGCCUGGGUAUAGCUCUAUUUUGGAUCUGGAUAUCAUUUCUUUUUUAUAUGCUUGGGAAGUUUUCCUUAUUUCUGUGAAUAGCCUUUGUAAUUCAUUUGUAGUUACUCCUUUUUCACUCAUUUUUUUAUUAAGUUAUAGAUCCUCUUGUCUUCUAGUCUUUGUAUUAUUACUUCCUGAUUCCUUGUUAUUUUUAAGAGGUCUUUUCUUUCACAAUCACACAUUGUAAAUCUAUCUUCAAAUUUUGAAAGUCUAACUUUAGUUUCUGUCAAGAUUUUUGCCAGCUUUCAAUGGAGUUUUUAAUUUCUUGGUAAUCUCUUUGGAUCUGUUUCAUGUAUUCUAGAUUUUGUUUAUAUUCUUCACCAAAGGUUUCUCUUCUUUUUCUGGGUUCCUCCAUUCUUUCAUCUGUGUCUUCUUGAGAGGGGCUUAGCAUUUCUUUUAUUAAUCUUUUUAUAUCUUGCCUCACUUGUGUUAGAAUUUCAGUUUUAAGUUCGUCUAUGAGGUCACGAAGGUAUUUCUUUAUGUCCACUGAUGUUGUAGCCAAUAUUGCAUGAUUGCUGCAGUGGAUCUCUUCCGUAUUUACCUAUCCUGGACUUAUUUUCCCAUGGUCAGUGGCUGGAGGCUUUUUCUUAUUUUUUUCUCUUGUCAUGUUUCUGGUUUCUUUCAGACAGGCGUAUGGUAGAGAUCUUAGGUCCUCUCCAUAUUGCUUACCAUUUUUCUAAAGUGUGCUGGCUGGUGACUUGCUGCCUUCUCCAGUUUGCUGUUAUUUGGUAUAAAUCUCAAAAAGACCCAUGAGUGCUAUUGUGGCUCUAAGCCAAAACUCCCCAAUCAUAACUCCCCAACUCCAUGUCUACUCCUCAAGGCCAUGUUGAGAGUCAAACCCAGUCUUAUGUGCAACUAUUCUACAACUGAGCUGCUCCCCCAGCUCACAUCAGAACCCUCUAACAAGAGCAAGAUGGACUAAGAUCCGGAGGAGGCUUUUGCUCUCAGUCUUUUUAAAUUUUAUUUUUUUACUAUACUGAUCGCACUCAGUAUGAAGAAUUGAUACUUGUAUAUACACAUCUUUAUUCUAUUUUUUCCCUCUGUUUUUUCCAAGUAUUUUGUCAGUGUUUGAGGGUUUGUUUUGUUUGUGGGUAGUGAGAAUCAAACUCAGGGCCCUGGGCUUACCAGGCAGGCACUGCACCACUGAGCUAUGUCUCCAGUUCUUGCUCAGUCUUAUCUAGUUUUCUAGGCACUAAGACUUGCAAGGAAACAGGAACACAUGCAAAGUCCUCACAGGGUUCCUGUUAUGGUUGGUACAUGGUGUCAACAUGAGAAGUUUAGAAAUUUAAUUAAGUAGUUCAGCAGAGGUCCAACAUCCUUACUUUGUAACACCCUCAGCCUGUGCAAGAGGGGGACAUGCAGAUGGGGUGCCUGCCCAAGGAAAGGAGAGGGUAGCCUGCUUACAAUAUAAGAAAGGAAAAGAGGCUUGUUUUCCCCGCUUUUUGCUCUGGCUGCUUUUGCUGGCUGCUGCCGUAGUGUUGGCCCUGUGCCAUGCCACCCUGCCUUGGAGCCAGGUGAUUAUGGACUGAAACCUCAACAGUAAGCUAAAUAAAUCUUUCCUUCCUUCAUUUUGGGUGUUGGGUAUUUUGUCCCAGUAACAAGAGAAAAGUAACCAAGACAGAUUCCUUAGAGCAGCAGUGGUGGUGAACCUAUGGCACAGGCAUUUUCUUUUAAGACAAAAGAUGUUAAUGUAUGAGUUAUUUUUUAGUAAACUAAAACCUCAGUAUCUAGGUUUAAUUCCAGUGCUGGCAUUUUGUGAUAAAUGAGUUUUUGGUUGUCAUUUGGGCAUUCAGUCUCUAAAAGAGUCACCAUCACUGCACUAGAGUAUCAAGCUGGUGACAGCCUCUACACCUCCAGACCGUUAAUCGUGUCUGUGCACAAAACAAAACAUGUUGAUUAAAACUAGGGGGGUUGGAAAGGAACGUGGAGAACAUAGAACAAAUGUAAUAUGUUGAGGUUGUAAUAUGUAGGCUAUCUAAUAAGGGAUGCUACAUUUCAAAUGUAUUUCUCUUUGCCCUCUCCAACACACUUCUUUUGUGGUGGAAGUAAUUGAUAGGUUCUUCUAGCCCGAGGGUUAGCCAUCUGUAAUAUGACAUUCACCCAACUUGGUACCAGACCCAGAGAAGCAACUUAUCUCUCCUAGAGUAAUUUCUACAUUCGCCUUCUCAUUCCAGAGAUUAAACCUCCUGAUCCCUUUGUGCACAUGUGUGGAGCCCUCUCCAUCCCAGAACUCCACAACCACCCAAGUGUUCCACCCACAGCCCCCAGUAAUGUUUCCUGUUUUGUACAGACAGAUGAUCUUUCAAAUCAGCUGUUAACGUUUUGCCCAUGUCCCAAACUCCUCCCCCAGCCAGACCUGAAAAAAGUAGCUUCACUUCUUUGUUCUGGCUGAGAGCUCCUACACCCCUUAGCAGCUCUCCUGUGCCCACAUUAAAGACCUUUCUACCCUU